UUCAAGGUGCUUUCGUUAGGAUACCUUCCCAAAUUAGGCCUGGACUUGAAUCGCAGGCUGACUCUAUAGGUUUUACGAAUAGGGGACUAUGUGGAAAAACUGUCUUGCCGUAGCUUUAUCUUGAGCAUUUACCCUGGCAUGCUGAGCUCAGGCGUGGGUGGGUGGGGGUGAGACGGGAAAAAUGAAAGUGGAACUAGAGACACAGUGAGAGAGGGGACUGUAAUGGUAACAGGAGAGGCUCGUAGAGAGGGAGUGAGGUCUGAAGGAGCAUGUGAGGGGCGGGAGGGACGUCAUGCCCUGGAUUCCAACCCGGGUGUGUUGGGCAGGCUGAGCGCUGCAUGGAGUUUCGCUUGUGGGAGGAAAGCCAACUAACUAAACUCUUCCUUUUUAGUUUCUAACCAAGCACCUCUAAUAAGGAGGCGUUGCUGACUCGGUGCCCGGUCGAGGGGAGGAGUGACGGGAGACUGAAAGGAGAACUCCAGAUGAUUGGUGCAGAUCGACAGACAGACAGCAUGGGUGAGGAGGGACCCCCCAGUCUGGAGUACAUCCAGGCCAAGGACCUGUUCCCCCAGAAGGAGCUUUUCAAGGAGGACGACAGCCUGCAGGUGCCGUUCCCGGCUCUUCAGGGGGAAGGAGUGGAGUAUUUGGGCCGAGCUGACGACGCCAUCAUUGCCAUUUCCAAUUACAGGCUUCACAUCAAGUUCAAGGACUCCGUCAUCAACACAUAUCCAGGUGUGGAAGAUCAGAUUUCUGUGCCACUCAGGCUAAUAGAAAGCGUCGAGAGCAGAGACAUGUUUCAACUUCACAUCAUCUGCAAGGACUCUAAAGUCGUAAGAUGCCACUUCUCCACAUUCAAGCAGUGUCAGGAGUGGCUGAAGCGUCUAAACCGGGCAAUUGCCCACCCUGGCAGGCUGGAGGACCUGUUUGCCCUGGCCUACCACGCCUGGUGCCUGGGAGCCAGCGCCGAUGAUGAGGACCAGCACCUACACCUCUGCCGACCAGGGGAACAUGUCUGUCAGAGACUCCAGAUGGAGGUGAGGAGGAUGGGCUUUGACAUGCAGAAUGCCUGGAGAGUGUCGGACAUCAACCUCAACUACAGGCUGUGCUCCAGCUACCCCCAGAAGCUGCUGGUUCCCGUCUGGAUCACCGACAAGGAGCUGGAAAGCGUCGGCUCCUUUAGGUCCUCGAAGAGGAUCCCAGUGGUUGUCUACAGGCAUCAGAGGAACGGGGCAGUUAUCGCACGCUGCAGCCAGCCGGAGAUCAGCUGGUGGGGCUGGAGGAACACUGAGGACGAGUACCUGGUCACUUCCAUUGCGAAGGCCUGUCAGAUGGACCCCGGGCCCAGAGUCACCUGUGGAGCCCCGGCCUGCAGCCGGACCCGUGGGGAAGGCCCUGACGGCUCAGACAGUGACUUCGACUCCUCCCUGACCGGGUGUCCUGGUCCAGAUAUCAGCGCUGCGCCACACAAGCUCCUCAUCCUGGAUGCCCGUUCCUACACUGCUGCUGUGGCCAACCGUGCCAAGGGAGGAGGGUGUGAGUGUGAAGAGUACUACCCAAACUGCGAGGUGAUGUUCAUGGGCAUGGCCAACAUCCACACCAUCAGAAACAGCUUCCAGUCCCUUCGUACCGUCUGUAGCCAGAUCCCUGACCCCGGGAACUGGCUUUCUGCUCUGGAGAGCACCCGUUGGCUGCAGCACCUGUCCGUCAUGCUGAAGGCAGCCACUCUGGUGUGCUCUGCUGUGGAAAGGGAGGGACGCCCUGUCCUGGUGCAUUGUUCGGACGGUUGGGACCGCACCCCCCAGAUUGUGGCUCUCGCCAAGAUCCUGCUGGACCCCUUCUAUAGGACAAUCGAGGGUUUCCAGGUGCUGGUGGAGAUGGAGUGGCUUGACUUCGGUCACAAGUUCGGUGACCGCUGUGCUCACCAGGAGAAUUCUGAUGACGUGAGUGAGCAGUGCCCUGUCUUCCUCCAGUGGCUGGACUGCGUCCACCAGCUGCUCAAACAGUUCCCCUGCCUCUUCGAGUUCAACGAGGCCUUCCUGGUCAAGCUGGUGCAGCAUACGUACUCCUGUCUGUACGGGACAUUCCUGUGCAACAACGUGCGGGAGAGGGAGGCUCGCAACAUCUACAAGCGGACCUGCUCCGUCUGGUCGCUGCUCCGCAUCGGCAACAAGAACUUCCAGAACUUCCUCUACAUCCCCUGUCACGACAUGGUGUUGCAGCCGGUGUGUCACACCCGAGCCCUGCAGCUGUGGACGGCCGUCUACCUGCCAACCUCGUCCCCCUGCACCGCGGCCGAGGACGCCAUGGAGCUGUACCUGUCCUCAGGCACGCAGGGGGAGGAGCUCAGCUCACGAUCCCUGGACAGGUUGCCUAAGACUCGGUCCAUGGACAACCUGGUGUCUGCCUGUGAGAACGGAGUGGCUCUAACCCGCACCUCCAGCGACCCCAACCUCAACAAGCACUGCCAGGAAGGCCGCAGCACCCACGGCCUGGAGCCCAUGCCUGGCAUGGGAGGAGGGGCAGCGCCCGACAGCCCGGAGGACGUCAGCCCUGACACUGGGUUGGACAGCGACGACUCGGAGGUGGAGCCCGUCACCAAGACUCCCCCCACCACGCCCCUGGAGGCGGAGCCGAGGGAGGAGGGCUUUGUCGAGGAGGAGCUGAGGGUGGAGGUCUGUCUUACCACCCAGCCCCUGCCAUCAAUGCACCACCUCCCCCCGCCCACGGUGGAGCAAGGCCUCCCGCCUGUCCCCCGGCCUACACCCGCCCACCCCCAGGCCCUCCCCCGGACGACCGCCCCCCAGCCCCCGCAGGCUGCAGACAGACGCUCCAGGACUGAGUUUACUUCCCCUCGCGACCCGGCGCCAGGAACAUGCGGCCCGCCGCCACAAGCCUGGACGGGCCCGCUACCGGCAGCCGUUCUGAGCGGGCCCGUCCGCAGUGACCCCCGAGGGGGCCCGUCCGCGUCAGCCAAGCUGCUGGCCCUGGGCCCGCCGGUCGCGCUCCUCCCGGCGGCCAUGGAAGACUCUACCGAGACCCUGACGGACGAAGCAGAGGCCCAACCGAUGCUGCCCUCCAGUGCGUGGGAGGGUGUGGGCCAGCCACAGGUUCCAAAGUGGGCCUUGACCCAGGGGAAGAGGGCUGAGGCUGGGGGCGGUAGAGAGCCUCUGAGAGAACGUUUCGUAGAAGCAGCCGUGCCGACGCUGUCGACAGCAGCAUCGGCAUCUGCCUCCAGACUGCCCCCUGCUGACCGCAGCCAGGUGGUGGCGGUGCGACGCCCGGUCCCUCAGGCCAACCUGGACGUCAGCGAAGAGCUGUCCCUGCUGGGCUCUCGCUGGGGGAGUGUCCACGGCCUGGUCCAGUCAGCCUGCAGCACUGUGGCAGGCCGCUCCGGCCUCCCGGCCAACCUCUCCUCAGGCCUCUGUCGAGCACUGCAGCCCACCGCCUACCAGGGCCGGCGCCUGGCCGGCAAGCUGCUCCGCGCCCAGGGUGUGGCCGUGCCCAGCGGGCCGUCCCAGUGCUGCCGGAGGGACCGGGAGAAAGACGACCGGCUCCAGUCGGGCUGGAUGUCCGCGGUCAGGAGUAGCUCUGGCUACGCCGCCAUCUGUGGCCCUCCAUCCACUCCGCCGACCCGCCAGCUCCUCCCGGCCUCCCCCUCCGCCUCCCCGCCGCCGUGCCAGCCCCAUCCGGCAUACCUCGACGACGACGGCUUGUCGGUGCCCCUGGACGCGGUGCAGCAGCGCCUCCGGCAGAUCGAGGCGGGCUACAAGCAGGAGGUGGAGGUUCUGAGGAGGCAGGUGCGCCAGCUGCAGAUGAGGCUGGGGAGUAAACAGUACAGCACGCCUCCCUCCGAGCCCGACGUCGACUACGAGGACGACAUAACGUGUCUGCGUGAGUCGGACGACAGUGACGAUGAGGACAGCCUGUCGGACCACAGCGAGGACCGUUUCUCUGAAGGCAGCUGGGACAGAGUGGAGCAGAAGGACACAGAGGUCAGCGUCCCUCAUAGUCUGCUCCAGGUCACAAGGUGGGUUCCUGAUCAUAUGGCCUCCCAUUGUUUUAACUGCGACUCUGAGUUUUGGAUGGCGAAGAGACGUCACCACUGCAGGAACUGCGGCAACGUUUUCUGUAAAGACUGCUGCCACCUGAAGCUGCCAAUCCCCGACCAGCAGCUGUACGACCCGGUACUGGUUUGCAACAGCUGCUACGACCUCCUGCUGGAGACCCGGAACCGGGAGAUCUGCCGCCAGCAGCUCAAGAAGGCCAUCGCCACAGCCUCCAGCUGAGACAGGAGAGACAGCCUCUUACUCAGAGGUCCAGUGCUGGCUCAGCCUGGCCCGGCCUGGCUCGGUUCAGCUUGGCCUGCGUAGGGUCUGGAUCAGAACCGUCUUGGAUCAGCUUUAGGCAGACGAGCCAAGCGCCCCCAUUCCCACCAUCCUAACACGGUCCAGUUGUGGUUCUGGGUGAAGGGGACUUGUUGCUCUGCGGGAGGGAGACCAGUGGGAGGCCACUGACUGCCGUGGAGGAGAGAUGUCAACAGGAGUGCCGGUAGGAGGAGGGCGGGUGAACAAACUGAGCGACAGCGAGGAGGAGGAGCUGGAUUGAGGAAGAGGGAGCGGCUGUAAUGAUUAGUCGAAUCCCUUCUGGUCAAACACAUUUUCAGCCUGGAAGGAAGUAUGCAGCGCCCUGCUGCCCUGUCCUGCCCUGUGGUGCCCCGUCUUACCCCCCUGAGGCCCCAAAUGACCCACCCCUCCGCCCCUUCCUGUUCCCCUGGCCUAGGGAGGUACGCCGUCUUUUAACCCUACCUGGCUGUGCUUCCCAUUCUUGUCGUACACCUUCCCGAACGCCCCCUAAUGUAUGUGUACACAGGCCCCGCCCCCCACCUCCACCUGCAUCUGAGGACACUCCCACCCUCUCCAAUUUAGGACACUCCCACCCUCUCCGAUUUAGGGCCACUCCCACCUUCUCCAAUUUAGGGCACUCCCAAGCCUUCACCUGUAGUACUGAAGGCUGACAACUUUUCAAAAUAAGUGCUGCUACAGUGUUUAAAGUUCUAAUUUUAUAUUCUUAUUAUUUUGUGCACUACAAGCUCUUUGCGUAUUUUGAGGGAAUUUCAGACCAAACUCGAUUGAAAGGGAGAAGUCUGCUGUUUACUUGCGGUCGUAUCUUUUUUUUUUUCUUGUGGAGCUUGAAUGUAAAUGUUUGAAAUGGUCUCAGAGUAACUGGAAGGCUGACGAUAUUUGUUUAUGUUGCAUUAGGUGGGUUGUGUACUCCUGCAAUGUUAUUUAAAAAAAAAACAAGAAAAAUAUGCAGUUAAUGUGGUUCUGUCUUUCUGAAUGCUAUGCUCAAGUAUAGCCCUGUCGCAAUGUUUUGACAAUGAGGUAUCCCACAUUUAUUUGAUUGAUCAUUUGUCAUUUGGAUAUGCACCUGAUCAGAAGAGUCUCUUUAACAUGAGAGCAUCAGACAUGAUGGCUGAGCUUUCAGACCUGGCAAGCUGUUGCCAUGUUUCCAAAUGAAUAAAAUAAAUCUUAAAACAGUACCGAGCUGUACAGAUGGCCUCCAAAUAAUGGUGUAUAUUUCUGUGUUGACAUGGGAGAGGCUUAAUAUUGAUGAUAACAUUGUCCUGCUUCGACGGCUCAUUCCUUGUCAUUUUGAUGAUUUGGGCCCAUUGGUCAGGCCUCCUUGUCAGAUGCUUAUCCCGGAAUGUUAAUACCUGGCAUUUAAAGAGAUCCCAGAGAAAGCACUAAACUGCUAGGAAUUUGUCAUCUAUGAUCGGGCGAGUUUGGGUGGCCUCGUUCCUGAACCAGCUCUGCUGUGUUUCCAAAUUGAAUUGAGCCUGUUGCAGAACGUUGCAAAAGCAGUUCAGAGUUGGGAUGUGUUCCCCACAUAGUUCUGUUGUGAAAUGGUUUUGUGUGUUUGCUCCCGUCUAAUGAGUGUUCCUUGAGACAAUAGUGCCAUAUUUUUCUUUUUGUCUUUAUUUUGAAAGCCUUUUUUCCCUCACGGAGACCACAGCGGGUUACUAACUGGCCAGUGGUUUGUUGGUUUUAAUGGUACAGAUAGAUAGCUGCUUAACAACACGGGAAUGAUUUAAUGAUCAGAAAAAGAGGGCAAUGUCCAUUAGAUAAAGAUUGAGAUUGAUUUGAUAACAAAUGGAUGAGCUUAAACUUUCAAUGAGAUAGUGAGCCUGAAUGGAUCUCUGUUAUUCAUUGCCUAGUAACAUUUUGGGAUCUUUUCUUUCACGGGGCGUUGAGGUGAAAUUGGAUUGGGGAGAAAGUGGAAACCAGAUAUGUAAUAUAAUACAUAGUUAUCUGAGUAUGUACUAGUGGCUAAAACCUGUCACUUAGCAAAUAAUUGUGUAAAGAAAUUAAAUGCACUGUAAAAGAGAAAUCCUAUGGGUUAAAAUAAAGAUUAUAUCAUGGAUGUGC